GCACCAUGUUGAAUCGUUGUUUUGAUCUGGGUGUUUUUUUUUUUUGACUGUUACUUUGGGUUCAUUUGUUAAAAAAAAGAAAAAAGACUUGCCUCCAAUAAGCCGACAACAGAUUUAUACUCAGGAAAACAAUGAAGCUUACGGAUAUUAAAAGGUUAAAAGUUGCCGAGUUGCGCUCCAGACUUAAAGAACUUAAUUUGGACUGCAUGGGGCUAAAGGCUGAGCUGGUGGGUCGGCUGUGGUCGGCACUGGAAGCAGGUCAAAGUGGGAAAGACGUCGAAGAAAACCCCAAAGUACAAAAUGAUAACUUUACUGCACCUUUUACAGAGACGGUUCACGCGUCACCGACCCCGACAGAAACCGAGGUUAGUGCACCUGAAGGUGUCAGAAAGUACACGGACUCUGCCACGCAAACAGACACUGAUGCUGGGAGACCAACACCACAACAAGGCUCCGAGGUUAUCUCAGAGUGUUUACCAGAGAGCCAAGACGAAGAAGGAGAGGCGGACGACCGAGGAGACGACCGAGGAGAUAAGCGAGGAGACGACCGAGGAGAUGACCGAGGAGACGACCGAGGAGAUGAGCGGGGAGCUCAGUCACCAGAGGAGGGGAGGAGAGGAAGAGCUUUCUACGAGUUCAAAGAGGAGAUACGAUACAAAAGAGCCAAGUCACCACAACCUCCAGUUGACAGAGACCAGGCAAAGGAGGAAGAUGAAAAUAAAGUCAGUCUAGAUAUGGGUCACCUCCACUUUGAGGCGAGUCCUGAUGGUUCAUGCGGCCAGCCUCGCUUCUGGGAACGAUUCCCUUUGCUGUGGUCCGGCUGCAGGCUCACACAUGGGGUUCUGCAAGGCAGGGUGGGCUUUGAGGUGAGACUGGAGAGAAAGUUGUUGACUACUGAGCUGGAAAAACAUGCAGGCAUGGACCUGUACGGCCUGAGAGUUGGUUGGUCGUUGGCUAACGGCUCUCUGCUUCUGGGUGAAGAUGAAGCGUCUUUCGCUUAUGACGGGCGCGGUAAAAAAGUUUCAGGUGGGAAGGAGGAAGACUUUGGAGAACAAUUCUCAGAGGGAGAUAUCAUUGGUUGUUACGCUUUAUUUUCCACAGAUGGUGCUAUUGAGCUCUCCUUCCAUAAGAACGGUCGAUCCCUGGGUGUAGCCUUUUGCCUGGGUGUCUCAGUGCUGUUAGGGGGUGCUCUGUUCCCUCACAUCCUCUGUAAGAGCUGUUCAUUCAGACUCAACCUUGACCCCACAGCUCCUCCCUGGUACCCCGGCCCUCCUGGGUUUACACCACUGGUGGCUCUUUCUGCUGAGCAUAGAGUGCGUGCCACGUUGGCUCCUACUGUCAGGGCACAGUGUGAGGUGUUGCUAAUGGUGGGUCUUCCUGGCUCAGGGAAGAGUUGCUGGGCUCGGUCUCACAUGAAGCAUCAUCCAAAGAAGUACUCACUUCUGGGCACAGAGGAGCUGCUGGCUUGUAUGAUUAGCGGUGGACAGAAGGACAGCAAGCUGCAGCAGGCCUCUCAGUGUCUCACUGAAUUGAUCAAGAUGGCCGCUCAGACUCCUGGCAACUACAUCCUCGACCAGUGCAACAUCCUCUUCUCUGCGCGCCGUCACAAGCUGCAGCUGUUUGCAGGCUUCAGGCGCAGAGUGCUGGUGGUCUUUCCCUCAGCAGAAGAGUGGAGAAGACGACUGUGCCAGCAGCAAACGAGUGACGGGGAGCAGAUACCAGACACCUCUCUGCUCAAACUGCAAGCGAGCUGCAGUCUUCCAGAGCAGCACAGUGAGCUGGUGGACGAGCUGCUGUAUGUGGAGCUGCCUCAGGACCAGGCGCAGACACUCCUGCAGAAAUAUAAAGAGGAAGCACACAGACUGCUGCCCCCUAUCACCAAACAAGAGAAGAAGAAACCCCGACUUCACAAGAGAAGACCCUAUCCUCCCAGUCCUCCACCCUCACACAGGAUCCAGUGGACUGGACAUUAUGGAUUGAACAACAUGAACAUGCAGCUUUGGAGGCAGCAGCCAACAUAUUGGAAUGUAGGGCAUGUGAAUCAGAGCUUCUACUACUGAGACUUUGGCUAUGAAGGCUACUGAUGAAGAAACCUGGAGCGAGAAGAUACAGCUGCACUGUUUGUUUUUACAAUAGAAAAACAUUUCAUCAACAUGUGAUGUUACAAAGAGAUAAUCAGUCUUUUUUUAUUAUUAAAUAAUGUUUACAAUUUAAAAUAAAGUCACUUUUGGAAUUGUAUUUAAAAUAUGCUCACACAUUUCCUGUACAGAGUGUAAAUGGUAUAAAUAGUAUUUCCAGUUUUGGUCAGUGUGCUAUUUAGCAAAGACUAAUGAAUACCUGAACUUGA